GUGAAUACCCCUUUUGGAGCAGUGACUCCUGGCAGUGUUGCCUAGCGACUGUCAGUUCCAGUACCUGCCUGUUACCAUAGAAACCAACUCGUUUCCUCCCCCCCCCCCAUGUUGACGUAAGAGCGUGACGUCAGCAAAGGGCGCCCUCCCCGCAUCCCACUGGGCCUAUAGCGACCUCGGGAAUAGCUCUGAGGGUGGCAGCCAAUAGGCGUGCAGAGGGGGUGUGGCCUUCCGUGUCGUAACCAAUCAGUGCAUAGUGGGUCAGACCGGAAGAAGUUUGCCUUCUCCUACACGUGGGUCUGGUGUGACCGGGGCAGGGAGAGCUAUCAUGUCUGGCCUGUUUAUUAAGAAGGGAUCGGAAGGUCCCGCGCGGAGGCGGCGGGCGGAGGUCAGUGAGGCUGGGUGCUCCUGCUGCCUGUAUUUGUUAUUAGAGCGAUAUGGGGGCUCCGUGUCUGCGUCCCCCACACUCAUGGUUUAGAUCCUGUGGACCACGUUGGAAAUUAUGUUCAGCCAUACAAAUGGAUGGCAGAGGAUGAUGGGUAAUGUAGUCCACAGUAUCUGGAGAGAGUUCCUCCUUUUAUCAGUGUGAAUAGAAUUCUGCAGUGUUUUAAGGGCAACUACAAAGUUUGUCAUUUCUUUAGCUUGGCAAAGCUUCAUGGAAGUUUUAACCCUGCAUGAAAUGGAUGUUUACCUUGGGACCCCCUUUGUGUUAAGAGUUUAUUUCCAUUAAAUGUUGCAUUGCUUGCAAACCUUCACUAUAUUUUGCUGGUGAGUCCUUUCUCACAGACAUGCUUUCCCAAGAGUGCAUGUCAUAUGUAAAUAAAGGAUACUCUAAGCCUCGAUCACUGUAGCUUACUGAAGGGUUUAUGGUGAGUGCUCUGGCACAUUACCAAUGCAAGUGGUCCAACCUUUUUAAGACCAGCUUGACAACUUAUAUUGGGUCUAUCAGUUGCUUAUUCAAGCAGUAGCUCCUACGCGGAGUUAAAUGAACACUAUAGGCACCCAGACAACUUCAGCUUAAUGAAGUGGUCUGGAUACCUGGUCCAGCUAGGGUUAACCCUUUUUUUUUAAUUUUUUUAUUAACAUAGCAGUUUCAGAGAAACUGCUGUGUUUAUAAAUAGGUUAAUCCAGCCUCUAGUGGCUGUCUCAUUGACAGCCGCUCGAGGCGUUUGCGUGCUUCUCACUGUGAAAAUCACAGUGAGAAGAUGCAAGCGUCCAUAGGAAAACAUUAUGAAUGCUUUCCUAUGAGACUGGCUGAAUGCAUGCGCAGCUCCGGCCGUGCAUGCACAUUCAGCCAAAGAGGAGGAGGAGAGCUCCCUGCCUGCAGCUGGAGGAAGGUAAGAUUUUAACCCCUUCCUCUCCCCAGAGCCUGGUGGGAGGGGGUCCCUGAGGGUGGGGGCACCCUCAGGGCACUAUAGUUUUCCUGGCACUAUAGUGGUCCUUUAAGCCUGAUUGGGUGCUUGGAGUUUUCAUUUAAUGCAAAGUAGUUAACAGUGUCUUAAGGCAUUGGUGGUUAAAGUGUUAAUUCACACACAAUGACCACUACAGCCUGCAACAGUUGCUUGGGUUUACCUGGGUGUCUAGCCUGCUCUGAAGCAGUGUUCGCGACACAUAGAAACAUAGAAUGUGACGGCAGAUAAGAACCAUUCGGCCCAUCUAGUCUGCUCAAUUUUCUAAAUACUUUCAUUAGUCCCUGGCUUUAUCUUAUAGUUAGGAUAGCCUUAUGCCUAUCCCAUGCAUGCUUAAACUCCUUUACUGUGUUAACAUCUACCACUUCAACUGGAAGGCUAUUCCAUGCAUCCACUACCCUCUCAGUAAAGUUAUACUUCCUGAUAUUAUUUUUAAACCUUUUUCCCUCUAAUUUAAGACUAUGUCCUAUUGUUGUGGUAAUUUUUCUUAUUUUAAAUAUAGUCUCCUCCUUUACUGUGUUGAUUCCCUUUAUGUAUUUAAAUGUUUCUAUCAUAUCCCCCCUGUCUCGUCUUUCCUCCAAGCUAUACAUGUUAAGAUCCUUUAACCUUUCCUGGUAAGUUUUAUCCCGCAUGAACCAGUUUAGUAGCCCUUCUCUGAACUCUCUCUAAGGUAUCAAUAUCCUUCUGAAGAUGAGGUCUCCAGUACUGUGUACAAUACUCCAAGUGAGGUCUCACCAGUGUUCUGUACAAUGGCAUGAGCACUUCCCUCUUUUUACUGCUAAUACCUCUCCCGAUACAACCAAGCAUUCUGCUAGCAUUUUCUGCUGCUCUAUUAUAUUGUCUGCCUACCUUUUAUGUCAUCUGAAAUAAUCACCCCUAAAUCCCUUUCCUCAGAUGUUGAGGUUAGGACUCUAACAAAUAUUCUGUACUAUGCCCUUGGGUUUUUACGUCCAAUAUGCAUUAUCUUGCACUUAUCCCACAUUAAAUGUCAGUUGCCACAAUUCUAACCAUUUUUCUAGUUUACCUAAAUCAUUUGGCUUAUCCCUCCUGGAACAUCAACCCUGUUACAUAUCUUAGUAUCAUCAUCAAAAAGACAUACCUUACCAUCAAGACCUUCUGCAAUAUCACUAAUAAAAAUAUUAAAGAGAAUGGGUCCAAGUACAGAUCCCUGAGGUACCCCACUGGUGACAAGUCCAAGCUUCGAAUAUAUUCCAUUGACUACAACCCUCUGUUGCCUGUCACUCAGCCACUGCCUUACCCAUUCAACAAUAUUGGAAUCCAAACUUAAAGAUUGCAGUUUAUUGAUCAGCCUUCUAUGUGCAACAGUGUCAAAACAGUGACAACUGGCUCCUGCAGAGCUGCUGAAGCCUGCUGCCAUUUCUGGCACUCAUUCAUUCAUCCAUCAGUGUCGGCUGAUCGCUUUCUGCCAAUAAAUUACAUUUUGUGAAUAGACAUAUGCACAGAAUUGACAUUAGCUGGCCUCGGAUAUCCUGUUCUGGGCUGGCUGCUGUCACCACAAUGACUCUGCCGAAAGUGGAAUUAACACCUCUUUGUAACUGUGCAGUGAUUCAUAGCAAAACAUGGCACCUACUGACUCAAGGCACCAUGAACACUUCAAAUCACUGAAUUGGUCAUUUUGCCUGGAGUAACUCUUUAAAGCAAUUCCAUUGUAGCACAUAGGAAACCCACACAUUAGCCCAACAAUCCAUUAACCGGGGAAAGGUUACUAUAAAUGAUUUUGAGUCCCUUGUGAUGAUGUCCAUAACCUAAAUAACAUCCUAGUAUUUAAUGCAGUGGCCUAAAUUUUAUGUCAUUCCUGGUCGAUUUCUAAACAUUCCCUGAAUAACCCCGAAGGUGCAUGCAUUGCUUGUGUGAUAUGUGUCCAGUCAUAGCUAUUGGAAAGAUCAAAGGUGAAUUCUCUGACUUGUAUAGUGUCUCAGAAUAUAUUUAUGCUCUCUAAUUAGUUUGUACGGUAUUUGGUCUAGUUUAUCACAUAAACAGAGAAAGUUGGUUCACUUUGUGGGUAGGUGAAUGUUUUUCCAAGGAGUCUGAAGAUCAGUAUGUCAAUACGGAAGGCUUUAUGUGCAUGCUGACCGUGCAUUCUCCCCUCAGGCUGGAAAUGUAGAAGUCACAUCAUUAAAGAAAAAGCAAAGAAAAGGUGCAAGCCUAAGGGAGGAGAUUGAGAGUGACUCGGAUACAGAGAUGUAAGUGUCCUACAACUUUUGCUGACAUAGAAUUUAUGAAUAGUGCAUCUAACUUGCAAAAGUGGAGCAAUCGUCAUGGAAACCAAUAUUAUAUUCCUUGUGUUUGCACUGCUCUAAGGUAAACUAAAUCCCCAUUUCAGCUUUUGUUAAUGCACUUCCUCACCAUACAGUGUGCCUGUUCGACAAAAGCCCCAGGAGGAUGAGGAAGACAUAGAGGAGACAGCUCAGGAAAAAAAGCUGCGGCUUGCCAAAGAAUAUCUGAAGCAGUUGCAAGAGCAAGGUGAGACAUGGACAAUCUCAUGGCUUUGCUGGGAUUCAGCACCUUGUGUGCACAGGUGGAAGUUUGUGUUUGAUUUUUUUAUUUAUUUUUUCUUCCCUUUCAGAGGAGGAGAGACAAGAGGAUGAGAACCAAGAUCUCAUUGGUAGCAGACUACAGGAGGACGUGGUAAGCUUUCCAUAUGAUUGCAGGUCAAUGAUGCUAGUAAAUGAACUAGAUAGGUGUGUUUGUAUUUCUUUUUGCUUUGUUUUGAUUUUGUUUAUGAAUUUUAUUAACUUAUUAUCUUUCUGUAGUUGGAGCAACGUGGAAAACUUCAACGACCUUUGGCAAAAGAGGUAAUCCUAUACUGAAAUUAAAGGGGUUUUUUUAAUACUCCCCUUAACCCUCUCAUCUAAACUGUCUUUUCACCACUGAUGUUGCUCUUCUUUGAAAGUUAGUUUUUCUCUCCCUGCUUCCUUUUCUCUGAUUUCUAUGUCUGUUUUCAGUUCCGUUAGUUUUUAAGAUUCUCAAUAAAAAAUGUUAUUGUUUUUCAGUUGGUUCCCCCUGAGCCUUCGGAGAUUCGACUACUUCGUGGUCACCAAGGACCAAUCACCUGCCUUGUAAUAACUCCUGACGAUCAACAUGUAUUCUCUGGAUCUAAAGACUGUUCCAUCAUCAAAUGUGAGCACUGGGAAUGCUAGAACAAGUUAUGACUAUGUAACUAUGGAUGGUUUUCUGGGAUGAUCAUAUUGUCAUUCUGCCUUUAAAUAUGAAUGUCAGUCUUCUGGGGAGAGUUCUAAAAGUGUAGCAGUGAACGGUAUAUUUGUUUCAGUGGUAACUGUUUGUUUGUUUUUGAAAUCCUACAAUUGCUCUUUACACAUAGUUCCCUAUGCACCUGCAUGUUUUGUAAACUACUCUUUUGUGUGUAUCCUCUGGCAGGGUCUACAUGUGAUGGGAAGAAGGUACAUAAGAUCCCAGGCGGAAGAAAGGGAAGUGAAGACAAGCAUGUUGGCCACACUGGACAUAUUCUAUGUAUGGCAGUAUCCUCUGAUGGAAAAUACCUGGUAAGGCAGUCGGCUGGUUGAUAAGUAACCAUGCUCUGCAUUUGGAGUUAUUUUAAUGGUCAAUCUCUUUCGUCUAUACAGGCAUCUGGUGAUCGAAACAAGCUGAUCUUUAUUUGGAAUGCUGAGACAUGUCAGAAUCUUCAUAAAUUCCAAGGACAUCGAGAUGCAGUGUCUGUACGUGAAUUUCCUCCACUAUCUAAACCAGGCGUGUCAUUUGCUGUAAAGGACUUAAUCUUACAAUAAUGUACAUAUGGAUGGGCUUCAUUUAACUCAAGAAAACAAAAACGACAAAAUACAUGCACAGAUUACACAAAUAUAUAAUUUUCAGUUCCCAAGUGCCACUUUAAUUCUUCUGGUCUGUGCCAACCUAACACUGCUGGUGAACAUACAAAUAAAUAGGAUUUUGAUUAUAUAGAAGUGACCCCUCCCAAGUAGAAACAAUCAAAAGGUAAUACAACCUCGAUAUGAGAACAGAAAUAGUAGUAGCCUGGAAUAUCUAAAGGCUUAACUUGGUGUGAUAAAGGAACACCAAAAUAGACACAAAAUAUAAUUAGGAGAAAUCACAUCACAAGAGUGUAAAUAAUGUCACUUAUCAUCCUUAAAUGGGGCAUCUGGAAUAAAUAUUCUCCAACAUGAUGUAUAUCUUCCCAAACUUCACAUGAAGCAAAAAUAGUGCAGAUUGCAGGUAUAAAACAAGGAUUUAUUAAAAUUGCACUCACAAGAUAAAUGGUGCAUUAGGCAUGUCUCCACUCCCAGUGGAUUUGGAUACAGCUCCUGGUGUCUGAGUCAGCUCAAUGAGAAGUCUAUGCAAGACAGGUUCCCUGAGCAUUUGCGGUCUCUUGAGUUUAGCUCCACUGAGCUAAUCAAUCCAGGCCGUAACAUGACCUGUUGCCUACUUGAAAGCCAUGCGGUGUAACCAGGUUCAUUUAUAAUUGAGUAAAUUUUCAUUGAAAUAUGAUUUUUUUUUUUUUGUAAAAGGAAAAAAUGACACCCUCUUCACUCACAGCUUUUUAGCAAGCUAAACUGAUUAGGCUGAUAGUGUCCCUUUAAGUAGGUAAUGAUGGGAGUCUGUGCAGUGCCGCUCUAAUUCAAAAAGUAGCAUAUGGAAUUCGUUCUGAAGGAUAGACCAGAGAAGAUGUGGGGAGCAGGGUAAAAACUGUUUGACUAUGUUGUGGAGAGACAUUAAGGAUGUUGGCAAUGGUAAAGUAGAUCCGAUUUCAGAGGGAGGUUGGCUGUAUCUGGAGUGGGGUAUUGACCAUAGUAGAGAGCACAGGAGACAAUAGGUGAAUGAAUGUAGGAACACAAAGUAAAUAACUUUUUAAUAUGCAUCUUGCACAAUGAGUUGACCUCCGUUUCCUUUUUUUUUAUACGAACAGUUAACCACUCUAGUAAGAUGAGAGAGAAAACUGUACCGCAUGCUUAAAAAAAACGCCAACUUGAGUGAUGGUCCUCACAACCCUGAUCUAAAAUAAUGAAUUUUUUUUUAUUGGCUUCAUAUUUUCAUCUUCUUUUUACACUCUUGCAGGGUUUAUCCUUCCAGAAGGGCAAACAUCAGUUGUUCAGUGCAUCACACGAUCGCUCUGUUAAGGUGUGGAAUGUUGCUGAAAAUUCCUACAUCGAGACGCUGUGAGUAUAUUGCUGUGGGUUAGUUCAGAAAAUCAGAAUGUGUAUUGAUAUAGUAAAGGGUUAUUCCAAGCAUCAUAACCACUACAGCCUGGUUAUGCCCUCUUACCUGGAUCCUGGUCUUCUCUCUAGCCGGUGACUACACACAGCUUCUAUAGAAGCCGGAAGUCAAUCUUGCUAGCCAUUCAUUUUCCAAGGAUGCAGUUCAGUUGAUUGUGAAGAGCCUAAGAGAAAGCAUACAUGUUUUCAGGACACUAUAUUUCUCAAUGUCCGUGCCCUUUAAUUGAGAAAGGACUCUGUCCUGAAAUGUCUUUUCUUUUAUGCUCUUUGCAAUAAAGUAUUUGCAGAUAGGGGGGCCAGCAUUCAACAAUCUGUUUGGUUUUGCUGUGUUUAGUGGCUGCCACUGGUAAGAACCAGUGAUGGCUUAUACAUUGUAUGGCAUGGGUGUUCAACCUUUUAGUUUCCCUGGGCUGCAUUGAGCGAAGAGGAAUUGUCUUGGGCCACACAUCAAGCAGGCAACAUUCGGCACUCCAGAUGUUGUGAACUACAUCUCCCUUGAUGCUGGAGUGUCGAUGGUUGUCUACCUCGAUAUAGAUAAUGCAUAUAAGGAAUAUAUCUGUAAAAGCCCUUUUCUUAAUUUUAAUAUUUUAAUUUAGUAAAUAACUCCAUUAUUUGUUAUCCUUAGGUGGGAUUUGCAUAUUUAAGGAUAUCAAAUUAUCUAUUAAACACAUGCACAUGUAUAUACAUAUGCGCACAUAAUCAGACACACACACAAUCACAGACCCUAUAUACACCAUAACAUACAUACAUACACCCACACUCCCAGACCUAUAUACACAAUCACACACACACACAAUCAGACCAACACACACACAUAGGUCAUGUCAAACUAACCUAAUUGCAUUCUACGAAGAAGUAAGUUGAAGUAUAGAUCAGGGUGUUGCAGUGGAUGUGAUCUACUUGGAUUUUGCCAAGGCAUUUGAUACAGUUCCUCACAACAGGUUAGUCUUCAAACUAAAAGAAAUUGGUCUAGAUGAAUAUUCUUGUUCUUGGGUAGAACACUGGCUUAAGGCUAGAGUACAACGAGUUGUCAUUAAUGGUACAUUUUUAGUCCGGAUGUAAGUGGUGUCCCUCAGGGUUCUGUUUUGGGACUGCUUCUAUUUAACGUAUUUAUAAAUGAUCUUGAAAUGGGCAUUGAAAGCCAUGUUUCGGUGUUUGCAGAUGACACAAAUCUUUGUAAAGUAAUAAAAUGUGAGCAGGAUAUUGCUUUGCUGCAGAGGGAUUUGGAUAGAUUGGGGGACUGGGCACUUAAAUGGCAGAUAAAAUUUAAUGCAGAGAAAUGCAAAGUUAUGCACUUCGGGGUCAAGAAUGCACAAGCAACUUACAUCCUAAAUGGUAGUGAAUUAGGGAUAACCACACACGAGAAGCAUUUGGGAAUUGCUAUAGACAACAAAUUAAGCAGCAAUAUGCAAUGUCGAUCUGCAGUUGCUAAGGCCAGUAAGGUUUUGUCAUGUAUAAAUAGGGGCAUAUUUUCUCGGGAUGAAAAUAUAAUUUUGCCUUUUUUUAUAAAUCGCUGGUAAGACCGGACCUUGAAUAUGCUGUGCAAUUUUGGGCACCUGUUCUAAAGAAAGAUAUCAUGGCACUAGAAAAAGUACAAAGAUGAGCUACAAAUUUGAUAAAAGGAAUAGAGCAUUUUAGUUACGAAGAAAAGUUAAAAAAUUUAAAUCUCUUUAGUUUGGAAAAACAGCGCUUCAGAGGAGAGAGAACAUUAUGUAACCCGCAUGUGGUUCCCUUAUUUACCACUAUAAUGUCUUACAGCAUAGAACUUAGUAGGGCUAACCAUACAGAUAUCUUAGCCAUAAUUUUAUAUAUUUAGUAAGAGAUCCUCUAUUUACCAUUUAUAAAUAAUUGAGAAUACAAUAUAAAAUAAGGAUUGUCUUGGAAGCAAUAGUUUUGUCUUUUUGGAUAUUUAUUAUAUAAAAAUAUAAAAUCCAUUAUAGCAGAGUUUAUAAGAUUAAAUUACAUGCUUGCAAAUAUCAUUAAUAGGUUAACAUACCCUUCUGAAGAUGUCAUCAUGUCAGCCUCUCUGUCAUUUUAAGAUGGAGCAGCGUCUGUCUCCAAGUCUCUCCUCUGUGUCUUAACAUUUAAAAGUACACCUAUUUAUACCUUAGGUGUCUCCAUUUUCGGGUUACCGUAGUUCAUAUGUGAAAAAGUAACACUUCUUUUACUUUAUUCAUUUUAGGACCUCCCUUAAUUUGGCAAACAUACAAGGCCAUAACUAAAGGGUGCAAACGUCAUGGAAAUUUUCCUGACUUAGUUCAAGAUGGCAUCUUAAAGUCUGAAUAGGUUAUCUGUUGUUUAUACUAAGUCGCAAGUGUACAGUCGUGGGAGAUUCCCGGAUUUGGGGAAGUUCCAUUAACUUGGGGUUACCACAGUAUAUUGUGUACUGAAAGAGUCGUAGCAUAGCCUUGAAGCUUGUUUAUGCAUUAUUGUUAUUGUAAUUCGUCUGGGACAAAAUGGCGCAAACAUAUUAUGCACUGAGGUUAUUGCUUAAAGAAACCUCUAUGAAAAACAAUAUGUUCCAUUUCUAACACCUUGUCAGUUUGCAAUAUCUCUUAAAGACAAAGUACACAGUUUAAGAAAUACAACAUUUCAUUCUAAAACUUGUAAUAUUUACAUUUGCCCAUAACAAUUAUACAAAUAUAUUCGUGGCCAGUACAAACCAUUAUCUGGAAAUCUAUUCAUAAACAGGGCUAUACAUAGGACACGAAGUCAGGCAUUUAGGCUGGAAGAAAGGAGAUUUCAUUUUUUUUUUUUUUUUUUUUUACAAUAACUAUAAUACAAUAACUAUAAUGAUAUGGAAUUCUCUGCCUGAAUAGGUGGUUUUAUCAUAGUCCAUACAGAUGUUUAAACAGCAAUUGGAUAAAUACUUCCAAAAACAUAACAUACAGGGAUAUAAUUUCUAAUUAGUGAGGUAAUAGCUGCUUGAUCCAAGGAGAUAUCUGACUGACAUUUUGGGGUCAAGAAGGAUUUUUUUCUUAGUUUGUUGCAAAAUUGGAAGCGCUUCAGACUGGGUUUUUUGCCUUCUUUUGGAUCAACAGCAACACAUGUGAGGAAGGCUGAACUUGAUGGACGCAAGUCUCUUUUCAGCUAUAUAACUAUGUAACAAUCUCAUAUCUAUACAUACAUUCACACACCUAUACAAACAUAAUCCCAGAUCCACGCACAUAAUCAGAUAUGCACAAACAUAAUCCCAGACACAUUCCACAUAUCCCGUCCCCACACACACACAGCCAAUCACUGACAAAACAUACACAAAAAUUACAUGCUCACACACUUGGUACUAAAGUGGUCCACCCAGCCUCCCUAACUAGCUCCUGGAGGGCUGGGAUGGAUCCUUUGUCCCUAGUGGCCAGUGACUGCUGCUUGACUGGAGCCUGGGACCUCUGUGCUCUUUUUGCACAGGUCCCUCGCGUGCCUAGCAGUGAUGCUGGGAUGAUGUCAUAUCCCAGUAGCUGGCUCACUGCCGUGCCACAAGGAGCUGUGCAGGUAGAGCACAGAAUGUAAUGGACCCUCUGCCCGGCAGCAUGGGUGGCAACCAAGCCACACUGCUAGCACUCCCGGGCCACAUUGGGGCACUUGGGCCUCGGGUUGGACACCCAUGCUGUAUGACAUGUUAAAAAAAAAAAAAAGAGUAGAACUAACACUUAUCUACUUUUACCAAGUUUUUGCAUGUCAUGUAAUAAACAAACCUGGCUCUGUAAAACUUGGUAUGACUGUAGCUUUCGAGAUCUACGUUUUGACAAUUGCUAACCUUUCUUCAGUAGCGUGAAUGUGUGCAUUUAUGCAGUGUGUUGCAAUGUAGUUAUUAAAUCUACCAUAAGUGAAUUUUAUAAAUGUAGGUAUAGCAACUCCUGCUGCUUCGCAAAUCAAUGUGAUACUUAAACUUUCUAUCUGUCCAGCUUUGGUCAUCAGGAUUCCAUCACAGGGCUGGACAGCUUGAGCCGAGAGCGAUGCGUGACCUCAGGAGGAAGAGAUGGAACCGUUAGAGUGUGGAAGAUUGCAGAGGAGAGCCAGCUUGUGUUCAGUGGCCAUGAGUGAGUAACAUCAUUGAUGUAACUGGGUCCCAUGUGCUAGGAAAUUGUGAAUAUUUUCCAAGAUGGGGAGAGUGACACAAUGACCGAAUGAGAUGGGUUUCCACUGUGUAUAUAUACAGUUCACAGUGCAUGUUUGAUGUGUCAUGCACAAGUGCAGUGCACCCUUCAUCAUUUUAAAAAAAAAAUUGUGCUUUUAUUAUUUUGGUUCCAUUCAAAAUAGAUUUUAUUUCAAGACUACCAUAACUUCACCCAAAACCUUUUAAGGUGAAAUAUUUGCACAAUUGAAAUGGCAGGAGUUUAUGUUGAAAGGACCACUAUAGUGCCAGGAAAACAUACUAGUUUUCCUGGCUCUAUAGGGUCCUUGGAUCCCCCUCCCGCCGGGCUCUAGGGUGAGGAAGGGGUUAACCCCUUACCUUUUUUCCAGUGCCGGGCUCUCUCGGCGCUGGGGACUCUCCUCCUCCUUUCCCUGUCAGCUGAAUGCGCAGCAUGAACCGCGCGCGCAUUCAGCCAGUCCACAGGAAAGCAUUCUCAAUGCUUUCUUAUGGAUGCUGGUGUGUUCUCACUGUGAAAAUGAGACAGCCAUUAGAGGCUGGAUUAACCCUAUUGUAAACAUAGCAGUAGGGUUACACCUGCAGGGUUAACCCUAGAUGGACCUGCCACGCAGACCACUUCAUUAAGCUGAAGUGGUCUGGGUGCCUAUAGUGGUCCUUUAACAUACAUCUUAUUCACAUUGCUUGCUGCAAUCUAAUGCAUCCAAUGACCCCAAUUUGUGUAUUUUUUUGGGGGGGGGAGUUUAGGUGUAUGGAGGUUGGGCUUGUUGUUUUCUUCAUUUGGGAAUUCGUCUCAAUAUGAAAAUGCAUCCUCCUCCGUUUAGCAAAUCUGAAAAAGAUCUAAUCCAGGUUUUUCCCAUCUUGCGGGGGAGAGGGGGGGAGGAAUCUUGCUUAAAUUUGUGUCAGGACAGACCAGUGGCCCAACACGCAGAAUUAAGUAAAACACGUAACAAUACAAACAGUAACAACGUAUUACCGGACCUUAGAAUGGCCGGAAUUAACGUAAUAGAAUAACCCGUAACAAACAGAGGUCAGGAAUACAAAAAGGAACAAAUACGGAAAGAAAAAAGCCAAAAGGUCAGGGAUACCAGAAAUACAGGAAGUCAAGCCAAACUAAGAUCAAAAGCCAUUAAUCAGAAUCAGGAACGCGCUCUCGGAUAACCAACAGGAUGGAAACCCACGACAGGGCUCUGAAUAACUGCAGGUUUGGGUUUAAAUAACCCAGUAAAUCCUGCUAUUGGCUAGUUUGGAUCACAUGACCCCAGAAUAUUCAUGCAUGGCGAAAACGUGACCGUUCACGUCACUAGUGACGUCAUUGUGGGCGGCAUUAUUAUUUAGCGCCGUUUUUGCAGUGGCUGGCGUCCCUUCCAAUGCUGAACUCUGCCGCCGAUCCUCAAGCUGCAUGGAGGGAAGGGAGAGGCUCUGGCGGUGAGGUAAGUAACUUCUCCCUCCAUUAGUGCGACCGCGCCAAUUAGGCGCUGUCACACUGUGGUGCUGUUUGGGCACUUUGAUAGCCUCCGGGUGCGGUCACACGGAGGUGCCGAUCAGGCACCAUGACCAUUUGAUACUGAUUAUUUGUGUUUAUGUAUUUACUAGAUAGUUUCUGUCCUCUCGCUUUGUUUUAACAGAACAUACAAGGUCUCUAGAACUCCUAUUAUUUUAUUCAAGAGAACACAUUUAUUAUUCAGUCUGGGUUGUUGAUUACAUACAUCCCAAGAGACUAAUCCAUUUUGUACAUCUGCUUUUAACAAGAACAAGCAUAAACGUAAUCAACACAAGCUGUAUCCUUGUCUUACAGUACCUAAUGAAAUAAGAACCGGUAAUAGUUAAACCACUGUAGGAAACAAACGUUCUGCUUUACUGCAGUACUUUAUUUUAACCUGAAGAUGUCUCUCUUCCCAUGAAUGUGCACAUUUUUGUUAUGUGCUUAACACAUUAACAGCUGAUUAAUGCAAGUUACUAGCCCAUUUUUUCAUGAGAACUCCUGAGUCGACAUUGUAAUAUUUGGGGGAGGAGGGAGUGUUCAGCAUUUUUUUUUUGUUUUGUUUCUUUUAUGUGGUUUUGUAUACCCAUAUUCAUUUGAUAAGUUAAUCUGGAAAAGCAAAAAAAAAUACAUUAUGAGUUUCCUUCCCAACUUCUCUUUUCAAAAUCUCAUUGUUGCAUUGAAGUUGGUGUAAAAAAAAUAUUGCUCUGGCAAUAGACCAUGCAUAAGGUUCAGUAAUGAUAGAGGUAUUCAGGCUUAGGGUAACAUUAAGGUAGGUUGGGGUAAAAUGAAGUUGUGAGUAUGCUUAGUGUGAAUUCAUUCCCCCUCCUGUAUCUGGGAAAUUUAUGAAGCUAAUUCAGUGGCAGUGCUGCAGUUGUGUAAUGUGUGUAAUUUUAACCAAAUGGUAGAUAUACUUGGAAAAUGUCUCAUUCCGCUAUUUUGGAUUUCAAUUAGAAAUUUAUGUUUGCUUUGAAUUCCUGUAAAUUCUCACUUCAGUAAAUACUUGUUUGUGAGUGAUUCUUUGGGUAAAGUGAGUGAUUCUUGUGAAGAAUGGAACACCUGGUUUCCUACUUUCUAUAUCCGUGGUGUGCAGGUGUUAUAGCAACCCAGACCUGAGUGGACUAAAGCUGCAGAACAUCACAUCAGGUUCUACCUUUUGGGCUACGUUUGGCAUACAAUUUGCAAAUUGGCACAGCUGGAGACUGGAAUAACCUCUACUGAUUUGUUGAAUCUCCCUCCCUAAUCAUGCCAUUUCUGCUUUGUAUUCAUUGUAGAGGUUCCAUAGACUGCAUACGACUUAUAAAUGAAGAGCACAUGGUUUCUGGAGCAGAAGAUGGGUAAGCUAUUCACUGUACCUAUAUAAGUAACAGAUCAUCAAUUAAUUUAAAAUAACAAACGUCUAUGUGUUUAGUGGCUUUUAAUUGCUUGAUAAAGGUCACUUACAACACCACAAUGCUGCCAGUAAUGUCAGUAGGUAUUCAGUGGGCAGCCAUAGGGACCUGGUAGUGCCUCGUAAUUUGUGUUACUAUUUUGUUAUUGUUUGUUUCAGGGUGCCUGGCAGGUCUUUGAAUAGAAUGUCAACUAUAGCAUGUAGAUCCAUUUAUAUCGAUAGGUGACAAUUGCAAAGGCCAUUAUGUGCAUUCUUCAUGCCCCCAUUCAGAAUUGGCAUCAUAAAGUUUUGGGCCCUUGUAAAACCAUUGGCCAUGUCCUUGUUCAUAAACUUUCCCAUGAUAUCAGCUCUAACCCAUCCAGUCCUAUUUCAUGAACUGUAUAUCUGUUCGCAUUGCCCUUCUAUCUAAUAACCCCCACUCGCUCCCACCACCACCCAGGUCUCUGGCACUUUGGAGUGUUUCCAGGAAGAAGCCUCUGGCACGGGUGAAAUGUGCUCAUGGUCAACAUGGCAAUCCUGGUUUGGAGCAGCCAUACUGGAUUUCUUCAGUGAGUGCUGCUCUCAACAGCGAUGUUGUGGCCUCUGGUAUGUAUUUGGAGAAACCCUUGUGUGUUUAUGUGCGUAUUUAGCAUGUAUAUAAAAUGUAUCGUGUUUGUGUGAUUUAUGUUUAGUUCAGAUAUAUAGCCCAUACACUAAGAUGGUGUAGCAGGAUUUUUUUUGUUUGUUUAUUUUUGUUCAUCGUAUUAUGUGUGUCUCCUGUCCAAUAAUGUCAAUGUAUUUUGGGGACCAUUAAGCCUGAUUCUAAACAAUCUACCUUCGUAUUUACAGCCAACCAACCCUCCUACAUCUUUUUAAGAGGAAGUCCUUUUUUCUUGCAUCCUGAUUCAAAUUUCUCCCUGUUCAGUCUCGUCCUCCCUAGCUGCCUUUAGUAUCUUGCCUUACCUGCAGAGUAGGGUAGAAGGGUGGUAUUCAAAAGAGGCAGUGCUUACAGUGCUCUGAUGCUUCCACAUAUGCUACCAUUCCAAGCUUUUCUAAUGACUUUAUGUUGUAAAUGAUGUUCCCUUUAAAGAAGCAUUGUGCAGGGCAGCAGUUAUCUCAUUCAUUUUUUUGGUUUUCCUCUGUAAUAGGAUAAAAAUAGCUGCCUAAUGUGUAUCCAUCUGUGCAAGGUUGUAGUCUUUAGAUGGAAAUGAAGAACACCUCUUUUGAAUGACUGCUAUAAAACAGCAAUACGAUUAGCUAGUAGGUGUUAAAUGGUUAUUCCACACACUAUUACCACUUCAGUGAUUUGAAGUGGUUAUGGUGCCUGGAGUCUGUAUGUGCAGCUUUUCACUGUGAAACAGAGCCCUUCCAUAGGCUGCAUGUGGUCUUGUAGGGGAGGACAGGCUGGUGUUUCUAAUUAUCAUGUGCAUAUAAGCAGACAAGACAUAUACCUUAUUCUGAAAUUAGGACAGAGUGGUCCAUUGGUAUUUACUAAAUCUGUGCCUGAGAGUCCCCUCAUUUAAAAAAAAAAUCUCUGUUCUUGUUCCAGGAUCUAAUGAUGGCAAUGUUAGGCUCUGGCGCUGUGGUGAAGGGUUCCGAGGCUUGCAUCCACUGUGUACCAUACCUUUGGUGAGUUUUGCCAUCUACCUGCCUGGUAACUCAUUUAUGGUUACAACUCUAUCCAUCAAUUUUUUUUUUUCUUCCUUAUUUCAAUCUUAUAGUGCCUGGAUGUACAGCUUCCUUAAUUAUGUUGGCAUAGUUGUCACUUAGCUAAGUUUGGUUUUGUAUUUUUGUUUUUCCCAUCGUCAGGUUGGGUCUGUGAACAGCCUGCAGUUUUCCAGUACAGCCGAUUUCCUGGUUGCUGGAGUUGGACAGGAGCACAGGUAUAUGAUGACAGGGAUAUUGGUUUUAAAUAAUGGAAAUGUUGAGACACCAUACAAUAUCUAUCUAGAUGGAUGAAAUGUUUUCUUUGAUUUUAAUAAUAUUUUUGUUUUAAAUAGACUUGGACGUUGGUGGAGGAUAAAAGAAGCCAAAAACGGACUUUACAUAAUCCCUUUCAAACGGAAAUUGCCCCUCAGCGAAGGAUCAUGAUCUCCCCUUAAUAUGAAUGGUCAUUGUUAAUCUGCAUUUCAGUUCUUCUGCAAUUUCCACCCCCAUAUUUCAGAAGUUAAAUAUAAAUGAUUUAUUAUGUGUAAAUGUGUUUUUUUGUUGUUUUUUUGGUUUUUUUUGGUUCCCUCCGUCCUGUAUUAUCACAGGAAGAGGGGGGGGGGGAUUUCUAAAGACACAAAAUGUCAAACUACAAACAUGUUUUAUUUACAUAUACCAACGUUAGCAGCGCUUAUAUCACGCUAAAGGAAAGUGCUGGCCAGUUAUGUCUACUACAUAAAAUGGUCUUUUCAAGUUAGAAGCACGACAGUUAUCCCUCCCCCACCCUCACAAUGACCAUAGUCUCCAUCGUAGGUCAGAUUCAUAGAACCCACAAUGUUUUCUGAUAUGGAAUGUUCGUAAUGUGCAGUCUCAGCAAGCAAUACUUUCAAACCUCAAUUGAGGCUUAGAGUCAGAAUCCACCUUCACUUCUUGGCAGUUGUCAUACUCCACUGAGCAGCAGAUGUUGAGCGCCGGUUUCUCUGCAUGUCAAUUUUUUUUUUUUUUUUUAUGAAUGUAUUUCUUUUAUCCCGGGGCAUGGUGUUGGACAUCACGGUCACUUGUAUUUUUUUCACCCCUAAUUUGACACAUUGUGACAUUUUGUGCUCAUUGAUCUCUGCUUACUCAGUGGGAGGAAGUAUUGUUCUGCCAUGCGGUAAUAUCUGCUCUUGUCACAUCCCACCCUCUCUAUUCCCAUCACAGAGAUGAGGUUGUGGAGUCCACUACUUCGCGCCCGUUGCACACAGUUGGUACAUACUGCACGGCUGUGCCUGGAAAGAUGAAUAAUGCAUAUAUUAGAAUUAAUACGGACAAAAAUGGCUUUAGACAAACGCACACCAAACAAAUUUGUGUCUUCUACUGAGGGUCCCAUAUUUUUAGAGAAUUGAUGAUUAGAGACUGUGGAUGCUACAUCACCCAGCAUUCUGAAAAUCUGUCUCCUUUAGUGAAACAGCAGGGGGUAGUAUUAAUGAGCCGUCUGUUAACUCCCUUGUUAGUGAGUCUGUGUAUUCUUUGCAGGUUAAUGGCCAGCCAGAGGCUCCUGUGGGGACCUGAAUCUCAAUCAAGCCAUUAAAAUAGUCCCUGGGGGCCUUUUGGGCAGGGGGUUAAAAAUGAGAUGACAAAGGAAAGAGGAGGGGGAGGAAGGCAUUCAAACUGCAUUUCUUCACAUUAAAAUGAUGCUCCUAAUGUAUGUGAAAGUUUUGUUCUACGCUCUUCUUUCUUUGCAGAAGAUAAAUUAAUGUGCUUUUAGGCUUGCUGGGGAACAUCUGAAAUUGGUCAUCUCUUCCUGAUUUUUUUUUUUUCCUCCGUUGCUUAACCCUUUCAAUCCUGGUGGUAGGUUAAGAUGCAUAUUUAGGAAUUAUUAGCUUAGUUGACGUAAAAGCAAAUUGCUUGGGUUUACCCCCAUGAAAUCUGGCCUGCUUUCUGUUCUAGAGAAGCCCACUUUGUCAUCAUUGCCCUACUUUGUUGUUCUAUUUCUGGAUUUGUGCUGCUUGAACACAAAAACAAGAAUUUACGGAUAAUCCUUAUUUCAGGUCUGGUCCAUUUGAUCUGAAACCAAUAUAUUUAUUUUCCCAAAACAUUUCCUAUGCAUGGAGCUAUUGCAGUGACUCUUGAACAGCUUUUUGUUUCUAUUUAAACAAUGAAUCCUUGACCAUUUGUGUUCCACUGCAUCACACAUCUAUCCAUGGGAUCCUGAUCUGGUUGGGUCCCUACAUUGUAAUUUCUAAUGAACAACGAAAAAUUUUUUAAUUUUUUUUUCAAUACAGAAGGUUUGGUGGUACCAUAACUUGCAGAUCCGAAUGAAUGUGUAAAAUCUUUAUUUUGCUGUUCUUAUUACAGAUAUUAAUCUCCAGUGUAUUACUUAUCGUGAUAGGGGUUUAUGUACUAAACUGCAGAGUAAAAUGAAAAACGCUUCUUAUGGUUAACAAUAAACAGGAUUAUUUACUAAAUCAGACAGUUUGCAGAGAGCUGAGAAGGGACUCGCACAUUUUAAGCCAUAAUGAAAGAAUUGUACUGUAUAUAAUUCUCUAACAAUUCUGAAUUCCAGCAAUUGUCAGUUUAAAGGGAUACUACAGAGAUCAACACAACUUUUAGCUUAAUG